GAAUAAGGUCAUCGUGCCGCAUGUGAUCAGUCCACACGGUCAGUGUAGCGUUCAUAUACCAGAAGAACUCCUUCAAGACCGCAGAGAUCACUUAGAGAUGGCAGGACUGGAAGGAAAAUGGAAACUCAUAGAUUCUAAGAAUUUUGAGGAGUACAUGAAGGCAGUUGGUGUUGGGGCUGUUAUGCGAAAACUCGGAGCAACGGCAAAACCCAGCCAGGAGAUCUCGCGAGAUGGCGACAAGUUCACAAUAAAAACUAAAAGUGCGGUGAAAAACACAGAAAUCACUUUCACUCUUGGACAGGAGUUUGAAGAAACCACUGCAGACGGCAGGAAAGUGAAGAGUGUUGUGACACUGGACGGGGAUAAACUUGUCCAUUCUCAGAAAGGUGACAUCGAUUCCACCAUUACCAGGGAAAUCAUCGAUGGGAAUAUGGUCAUGUAUGUCAGUGCCAAAGACGUAACCUGCACGAGGACGUACGCGCGUGAAUAGAGACAGUAACUGACUGUAUGCGGGAAAUAACCAUGACAUAAAUAGAUAAAUUCAUAUGGAUUUGUAAAUAUUUGAGAAAAAUCGUAUAAACUUUGCCAAGCCAGAGCCAGACAAGAUAACAGAGUCAAGAGGAAACACCAACUACUGAAAGUAUCACCGAGAUGCUGGCCGAGAUGAACCACUGGUGGGUGUAUAACAGUGGGAUGUGUUUGUGGUUCCACCCUGCCCAGCGCAGCGAAAAGUGCUCAAUUUUCAACGUGAUCAAUGUGAAAUAAAAUUAUCAGUAUUCUG